GAGAGGAAGACAGGAAGGAGGGAAGGAGGGAAGGAGAUAAAGGCGACCAAGAUGGCAACAACAGGCACAGGAGGAGUUCAGAUGACACUGAGAGGUAGAGCGUCGUCACGUCGGAGUCAGCAGAACAUCGAGAGCGGUGAAAACAACCGAGUGAACCUGGUCUAUUAGUUGUGAAAUGAGAUCAGUGUUGUGAAAUGAGAUCAGUGUUGUGGGAGGCAAGCAUGAACAUAUUUUCCGAGAGCUCAGCCUGGAUACGGGACCAAACGUGAUCAUUGCGGAUAGACUGCUCGCAGCACUGAAAGCGUAGGCUGGAUCGAGGAAUGCAGCACAACCCUGCCAAUCGACCGAAGGGGCAGCUAGAGAGGUCGAGGAGGUCGAGCACCAGCCUGUCUGGGCAUGUGUAUGAGCCUCACAACCUGAGGAGGAAGGAGCUGAGGGAAGUAAGGUCCUCGUGGAAAGAUCCUCCAAAGAUGUGGAAAGAUCAUAUCAGGAUGCAGUCAGCGGCAAAAGAUUGGCUGACGUCGCAGACCGAGAUAAGGCAGAAGCUGAAGAACCUGCUGCCUGCUCCGAAGAUGAAGCCCAAGACGAGGGAGGACGUUGGUUCCCGAGACAUGAACUACGACAGCAUCAGGAGGAUCCGGGUGAAAGAGAUCACCCUUAAGCGCAUCCGGCAGGCUGAUUACAGACACGAUGGGACUGUCAGCUUGGAUGCUCUUGCAAAGGCGUUCGACAUUCCAAUGCCAAAGAGAACUCGAGCUGCGACGUCGAUGGGCAUCUUGGAGAGAAAUCACCAGAAGAUGAACAAGAUGGAAGGGAUGGAGGAUGAGGAGUCGGAGAUUGAAAGCGUGUCCACUCGAGACCAGGAUCACGAGCCAGACUCUCACGAGGAUCAGCUGACGUGGGAGGAGCUGCAAGAUGUGUUCCAGGCGUUCGAUCUGGACAGAAGCGGAAGGAUCAAGAUCGAAGACUUCCUCAAGUUUGUCUACAGCAAGCCGGCAAGACCUGACAGCCUACAGACCUCAAGGAUCUCAACGAGCUCAACAGGACCCAAGUCAGCUCGACCCUCUUCGUCAUCUCACAGCAUCUUUGAUCCGACGUGGGAGAGGGCGUUGUAUCAGCUGUUUGUGAGGAAUGCUUUCAUGCGGAAACGGCUCGACUUCUCUGGUUUCAUCGCAUGCAUUAAGACAAGUGGCAUCUUCGACACUCACUUUGGACUGAGCAUAACGAGGAGCGUGCCAGGACAAGUGCGGCUGCGGCACCUGAGGGAGGAAUUCGAGGAGAGGAUAUCAUCACGUGUGCAACAAGAGUCAGCGGUGAAUCCAGAGGACCAUUUCCUCACCUUCGACAAGGAGUCGGCGAUAGUUUCCAACGACACCAAGGAGGAGGAGCGAGUGUUCAUCACUGACGCCCGACGAGGGGACGCUGCUGAUAGUGAGGAGGAACCGGGGAACACUUCAGUCCACCUCUUCCUGCCGUCGGAGAGCUCGCUGGCCUUCCAGGCCUCCCCGGACAUCGACAGCAUUGCUCGCACCACCAUCACCUUCCAUGAGUUUCUCACCGCCAUCCACAACCUCCUGUCCAAGUCGGAGAAGAUCGACCCUUCGCUGAUCCAGCUGCGACGAUGGAGCAGAGACGUCGACAUGCAGAGAACGAUGGGAUCGCACCCGCCUUCCUUCAUAUGCAAUCAGUCGAGCAGCUCUAGAUCGCUAGCAAGGACUCGUGGAAACUUGUUGAGGCCGGCAGGCUCAUCGAGAUCGAGUUCUUACACGGGGAAGUUUGAGGGAACACAACAUUCCUUAAUGAAUCGGCCAUACACUUCUUAUACAUAGACACAUUCAUUACGUUGAUUUUGAAGAACAGAACAUGGAAUAAACAAAAUCAUGAAGGUUG